AUGGAAGCCUUCAAAACAUUCGAUCGUGAAGGUCAAGGUUUCAUUUCAGCUGCUGAGAUGCGACAUGUUUUAACUGGUUAUGGUGAACGUCUUGAAGAUGAACAAGUAGAUUUAAUUGUGAAGUUGAUUGAUUUACGUGAGGAUUUAGAAGGAAAUAUUAAAUAUGAAGUUUCACAAUGUGGAAAAGAAGAGACAUUUUCUGCAAUUUCUAAAACUUUGAAUCCUUAA